GCUGUGAUCAGUUCUUUGUGCAGCCUCCGUGCGAUCGGACGUGAAAAUCUCGACUAGAGUGUCACCUGUUUCGAAGUUGUUUUGUUUCGUUUUGUUGAUUUGCAAUGGAGGCUGAUUUAGUGUCAAGAAGUGCGUUCGUUUGUUGGAUGCUAAUUUUCGGUGGUUUAUGGCUAUCCAAUGAGGCCCAGGCACAGAGCGCUCCAUGUCUCACUCCGACACGUCAGGACGGUUUAUGUGUGCCGAUUCACCGUUGUCGGAACAUUUACGAUAUUGUGCAAAAACCCACGCCUCCUUCGACUGGAAUAGCCAAUUAUAUCAAACGUGCUGCGUGUACUCUUCCGGGCGUAGAACGCAGUAUUUGCUGUCAACCACCGGAGGUAGUUCCGGAAACAACGGUGUUGCCCGGUAAGGCGGAUUUGCUACCGAAAGAAUGUGGCCAAUCGGUUAAUGAUCGUAUAGCCUUCGGUAACGCUACUCAAGUAUUUGCCUUUCCUUGGAUGGCUCUACUGCAAUACAACCAAAAUGGAGAAUUAAUAGAUGGUUGUGGUGGUUCUCUGAUCAACAAUCGUUACGUUUUGACUGCUGCACAUUGUAUUAAGACGAGAAGUACUAUUCGACUGGUGCAGGUUCGCUUGGGAGAGCACACAAGAAAUCAGGAUAUCGAUUGCAAUAUCUAUCGAGAUAAUAAUGGGGUGGAAAUUGAACGGGACUGUGCGGAUCCAGUUGAAGAUUAUCAAGUUGAGUCAUUUGAAAUCCAUCCUGAUUACAAUCGACCAAAAUAUAGUAAUGAUAUCGGUUUGAUUCGUCUUGACCGCAGUGUGACGAUGAAAUACCAUAUUAGGCCAAUCUGCUUGCCCGUGACACCGCAACUUCGUUCGAAGCAGUUCGAACGGUACAUUGUAACCGGAUGGGGUACGACCGAAAAUCAAACAGGUUCCCAAGCUUUACUGCAGGCAACUGUGCCACGAGUAAACAACGAUGAAUGCCAGCAGAAAAUGCUCCAGAAUCGGCUUAAUGUGCAGCUUAGUGAUAAGCAGUUGUGCGCUGGCGGAUCAGACAAGGUUGAUACAUGCCGUGGAGAUUCGGGUGGGCCUCUUGUCUUCAGUACGGAUUUCAACGGUCCACGGUUCAUUCAGUUCGGCGUUGUCUCUGCUGGAGUGGACUCCUGCGGCAAGAAGAGCAUUCCGGGUAUCUACUGUCGCGUUGGUAGUUAUAUGGACUGGAUUCUCAAUACCAUAAAGCCAUAACUGAUUAACGACUGUCGACAGGAAAUGACUGCGAGGAGUGGUAGAAAAUCUUAUGUAUGACUUUCUAUUUUCACUUCAUUUGAUUAAUUGCUACCGAAGCAAAACUUGACUUUCUAUCGACUUGUUUCCUAAUAUGUGCUCUUUAUAAUUAUACGAAACGGAGAUUUCAGAAAUACCUAUUUAUAACCUCAUGGAAAGCACUUUGCUUAAACAAAUACUACCGUUCGAUUAGAAGUGUUUCGACACAGUACAGAAACGACUUGUGAAACGAUUCAAAUGCAAGGUUUGCUUCUGUGAAGCUUCCACGAAAGAGUUUGUCAUUUGAGUUCUAAUGAAAUCAAUAAACUGUAUCUUGACUAA